CUUCCCUUUUUUUUCUUCGUCGGGUAUAUAAGGGGGGUUGGUCUUCAAAACAUUUUCAAGAUUGGAUGGACUACAUACAACGAGAAGUAGUGAUCAAAGAAGAACCAACUUCAAACCAAAAUCCGGCUAGCUAUUCGGACAUGGACUCUCCUUUCUUUCAAUCUGAUUCUUCUUUCUUCCAAUCCUCUCAAAAUUCCGAAUUCUCCCCAGAAUCUUCAAUGAGUUCGCCGGAAUAUUUCUCAUGGGAUGGGUUUGCUUUCAGUGAUAAUUCCCUCCCAUUCAAUGUAAACGAUUCAGAAGAGAUGCUCCUCUUUGAUGUUUUGGCUGAGGCUGCCAGAGACCCACCGGAGACCCAAUUCUCUGCCAGAGUAAAGGAUGAAGAAGUGACUUCCAAGGAGAAAGAAGAGCCCAUGACCAAGCAGAAGACGUACAGAGGGGUUCGAAGACGACCAUGGGGGAAAUUUGCAGCAGAGAUUAGGGAUUCCACUAGGCACGGCAUACGGGUUUGGCUGGGGACGUUUGACAGUGCGGAGGCUGCCGCUCUGGCCUAUGACCAAGCGGCUUUUUCGAUGCGUGGUUCCAUGGCGGUUCUUAAUUUCCCGGUGGAGCAUGUCCGUCAGUCACUCCGAGACAUGAAAUAUGGCUGCGAAGACGGGUGCUCGCCUGUGGUGGCACUGAAGAAGAGACACUCCAUCAGACGAAAGUCCGUGAGCAAGAAGAACAAAGGACGAGAAGUGCGAAUAGAGAAUGUGGUGGAGUUGGAAGACUUGGGGACGGAGUAUUUGGAGCAACUGUURGGCUCUUCUGAGAGUGCUAGUCCCUGUUGAAUCAAAACAAAAACCCCCCAAAUCAUGUCUCCAACUUUCAUUUUCCCUUUUGGUUCUUUUCCUUUUAUAUAUAUAUAUAUAUAUAUAUACAUAUUUUUUUACUCUCACUCUGGUUUCUCUGCACUUGAUUCUCUUUCCUUUGUUCAUUAUUUUCUUCUUUGAUUCUGUUUGUUUGCUCUUGGAGCAAACCACCCUGUUCAUUAAUUUGUAUUUUUUCCUCUUUGAGUUGGCAGGUAUAAAAAAGGACAAGAUUAAUUUUGAUUUUAAA